UCUCUCUCUUCUCUACUCUCCCGUACUUCUCUCUCCUCCAUUACUGAACCUUCAACCACAACUGUACUUCAUGACAUCAUCUGCGAGUAACCUGUCGAAAUAGGCUUCUUCAUCAACGCGCAAUCAAUUUUCGUCCCCACAAUCGUACAAUUGAGGAUGGCUGAGGGUACUCUGAAAAUUUGGCAUGGAGGUGUGUUUAAAAAGGUUGCUAAUGGUGAGACAAUCUAUGAGGGAGGACGGGGUAGAACCUUUCCUGUUGAUGUUGAUGAGUUGUGUUGGUGGGAUUUAGAAGUUUUAGCUAAGAAAUGUGGGGGGUAUGAGAAUAUCGAUGGUCUUUUCUACUUGAUUCCUGGGCUUAGCUUAGCAAAUGGUUUGAGGAAAGUGUAUGAAGAUGUAGAGGUUUUGAAGAUGGCUGAAUUGGUGUUGAAGUACAGGUGUGUUGAGUUGUAUGUAUAUCAUGGUACUGAGUUACCAAACCAAGAAACCACAAUCACAUCACCACAAAAUGAUGUCAUGUCAUCACCCAAAAAAGGUCAUGCCCUGUCAUCAACAUCUAAGACAUAUCCUGCCACCUCACAAGCUACCAAAAAAGAUUAUGCUACCUCAUCAGCUGCAAAAAAAGAUGCUGCCACCUCAUCAAUAUUACCUACAGAUACCCUAGCAAACAAAAAACAGGCCCAUACACCUGGAAAAUCUAAAAACCCAACCAAACCACAAAAAACAAAGUCCACUCCAAAAAAAUCCAGAGAAUCCAUCAAAUCCCCCCCUCAACCUACUGAAGAAGAAAUCAGCAUCCCCACCCUUGAAGCUAAUGAAAAUGAUUUCUUAGAGAACUAUGAAUGGGAAGACCCCAGACCCGAGAGUCCAUUGAAGUUCACAGAUCUGUACUCUGACAUAAGUGAUGAAGAUGAUGAUGUUGAUCCGGACUUUGAGCUAGAACUUGCAUCCUCUGAUGGUGAUGGUGAUUAUGUUGAUAAAUUGGAGAAGGAAUUAGAGGAUGAGGAGAUUUUAGCUGAUCAGAAACUGUCAGACACAGAUGAAAGUGAUGAGGAGUAUAUUGCAUCUAGGGCAAAGACGAGGAGCUGUAACAACAAGCUUGUUGAACUAGCUGAACAACUUCAAAGGGAGGCAGCUGAGGGAAAGUUAGGUGGUGUUCAGUCAGAGGCUACAACAGGAGAGGGAACUAGUGCUGCAGGGGGUUAUGUGAGUGAGUACGAGGAUAGUGAGGAUGAUAUACACACGCCCCCCGAUAGUGGUGAUGAGGAUUUGAGUUUCGGGAGGAGGAGAAGGAGAGCUGUUUUGGUAGGUGAACACACUGACUUCUCUGUGUUGAGGUGGAAAGUUGGGCAAAGGUUUCCCAACAGGGCUGCUUUCAAAGAUGCAGUUGCUAAGUAUGCUGUUCUACAGGGGAGAAACGUUUUCAUACAGUCUAGUAACAUACGUAGGCAACAAAGGGUAGGGGUGAAGUGUGUUGAAGGUUGUCCGUUCUACUUGUAUGCGUCUUGGGACUCUAGGAGAGCAGUACUUGUUGUGAAGAGGGUAGAGGGUGAGCAUACUUGUCAUAGAAAUAUGAAAAAGAAUCGACAGUUAAAGUCCACUUGGGUUGCAAAACAGUUUCUCGAGGUGUUCAAGGCUAGACCCCAUUGGCCAGCUAAGGAAAUCAUGGAGACUAUAAGGAGGGCAUUUAAGAUUGUAGUAAAAAAGGAGUUUGCGUAUAAGGUGAAGUAUGCUGCACACACGUUAUUACAUGGUUUGAUGCACGAGCAUUACAAGAAAGUGGGAGGGAUUGCAGAGGGGCUGGAAGCAGGGUUGCAGGAAGGUGAUAGCGGUUGA